AUGUCCUUCCCCAGUAGCUCUCCUGUGGCAAAUACAUUUUUAGUGGACUCUUUAAUUGGUGCUUGCAGGACGGACAGCUUUUACUCCAACAGCAACAUGUACAUGCCGUCUGGCUCAGAAAUGGGAACUUACGGAAUGCAAACCUGUGGACUCCUGCCGUCUUUCGGCAAAAGAGGGGAGGUCAACCACCAAAAUAUGGGCAUGAACGUCCACUCGUACAUACCUCAGAUAGAUAACUGGACUGAUCCGAGCAGACCCUGCAGAAUAGAGCCGCCCAAUCAGAUGUCAAACUGUACAUUUUCACAGAGCAUAAAGGAAGAGAGUAACUGCUGCAUGUACUCCGAUAAGAGAGUACAAAAAGUCAACUCUUCAGAAGUCCCCGCAUAUUCUAACGUUAUUCCUGAAUCGUGUCCGGUCGAUGGUCCCGAGAUCCCGGUUCCCGGCUAUUUCAGACUGAGUCAAACUUAUGCCAACGGGAAACAUCAGGAAAACUACUGCCAUGAAGCACCGAGUCCAAACGCGACACUGAUGCAGCUCAGCCGGGUCACCCCGAAACCGCAGCCCUCUUCGGCGUCUUCUAAUUUCUCGGAGGUGGAUAAAAAAAUUGAGGACGCUUCGCAAAACCCGGAAACCGCAAGAACGCCGGUCCCCGUAGAAAGCCCGGAUCCCAAGUCCGGCUCGGAGGAGAAAAACUGCUCAGUGGAAGCGCCUGUGUCCAGUCCUGAGCUGCUACAGAAGGAAGGGAAAGGUGGGUUGGCUAGUGACACUCUCAAAAACAACUGGCUGACAGCAAAAAGUGGGAGAAAGAAAAGGUGCCCCUACACAAAGCACCAAACCCUGGAGCUGGAGAAAGAGUUUCUCUUCAAUAUGUACCUGACCCGAGAGCGCCGCCUAGAGAUCAGCAGGAGCGUUAACCUGACCGACAGGCAGGUCAAGAUCUGGUUUCAGAACCGCAGGAUGAAGCUGAAGAAAAUGAACAGGGAAAACCGCAUCCGUGAACUGACCUCAAAUCUCACCUUUUCGUGA